AUGUCUCAAUCCCACGUUGAUGUUUCUUCUUUAAAGUUUGAUUUUAGCAGGAUCAAUAUUCCAACUAGUCAUACUCCAAUUCAUAAGGAAGAAUGUUGUCUUUCUUUUGAUUCACCAAAAUCGGAAGGAGGAAUCAAUGUUUGUUUGAAUACAUUCUUGGCUUUCUCUCCAAAGUACACAAGAAGACAUCAUCAAUUAACUGGUAAUACUGUAUUCUUGAAUAUUAAAAAGAUCAAGAAGGAAAAGCCUAUUGAAGAAAAAUCUGAAGAUCAACCAACCAAAAUGGCUAUUGGUGUUGAAGGAGGAUUCCAAAUCAAAGAAGAGGAAGAAAAUGACGAAAAACUUUAUGAUGAAUUGUUGUCACUUGUAUUAUUAGAACCAAAUAAUGUUGUAAUACCAUUACCAAAUAAUGAUUUACCUGAGAAAGUUAAACUUUCAAUUAAAGGUAUUUUGGAAAACCAAUCUGCAGAACGUAAACAAGAAGUUCUCAAAUGGGAAGGUGAAGAGUUAACUGAAUCUAAACAUACUAUGGAGCUUAAACAAAUUGGAAAUAUUAAAGUCCCAGCUCAUGGAUGGAAGUGUGCUGAGUGUGAUAUCACAGAUAAUCUUUGGUUGAAUCUUUCUGACGGUCAUAUUGGAUGUGGUAGAAAAUUCUGGGAUGGUACUGGUGGUAAUAAUCAUGCUGUUGAACAUUAUCAAAAGACUGGAUUCCCUGUUUGUGUCAAAUUGGGAACUAUUCAAUUGGAUGAUAACGGAGAACCAAAGGCUGACGUAUAUUCAUAUGCUGAAGAUAAGAUGGUUAAGGAUUCCAAGCUUGUUGAACAUUUGGAAUAUUUUGGAAUUAAUAUCAGAGAAAUGAAGAAAACAACUAAAACUAUGGCUGAAAUGGAAUUGGACCAAAAUUUGAACUUUGAUUUUACUAGAAUUCAAGAAUCUGAUAAGCAUUUGCAACCAAUGUAUGGGCCAGGUUUUACUGGUUUGAAGAACAUUGGUAAUUCUUGCUAUUUGGCUAGUGUCAUGCAAACUCUUUUCUCAUUCCCAGAAGUUCAAGAAAGAUAUCACGAUAAGGAAUUGUCUUGUUAUACAGGAUCUAGUUCAUUGGAUACUUUCUCUCUUCAAAUGGCAAAACUCGCUAAUGGAUUACUUUCUGGAGAUUAUUCCAAGUCAGAAGAGCACGUCGAUUCAUUCCAAGAAGGUAUUCCACCAAGAUCAUUCAAGAAUGUUGUUGGAAAGGGCCAUCCAGAGUUCAGCACUAUGAGACAACAAGAUGCUGUAGAAUUUUACCAACACUUACUCCAAUUAAUCGAAAGAGAAGACAAGAGAAUUAACUGUACAGACUCUGUAAAUAGUAUUUUCAAUUACAAUGUGGAAGAAAGAAUUGAAUGCUCAGAAACAUCUAAGGUUAAAUAUACUUACAGAAAGGAUAAUUUGAUUUCACUCCCAGUUCCACUUUCUGAAGCAACCAAUAAGGCAGAAUAUGAAGAGUUCUGUAAACAAGAGAAGGAAAGAGAAAGAAUAGAAAAAGAACUCAAAUUGGCUGAGAAUAUAAACAGCAAGCCUUUGAGUACAAGUACUGAAAAGAAACAACAAAUUAGACCAAUGAUUCCAAUGUCUAAGUGUAUUGAAGCCUUUGCUGAGACAGAACCUGUUGAUCAUUUCUAUAGCUCUGCCCUUGGAAGAAAUACUAUUGGCUUGAAACAAACUAGUCUUGCAACUUUCCCACAAUAUUUGGCUGUUCAAGUAAGAAAGUUUAUUUUAGAUGGAUGGGUUCCAAAGAAAUUGGAUGUAUUUAUUACUGAUGCUGAAGAGAUUGAUAUUACUCAUCUCAGAGGAACUGGACUUAAACCAAAUGAACAAGAACUUCCAAGUGAUGAAAAGAAGACAGAAUCCAUUUUUGUUGAUAUGCAAAUCGUUCAAUCUUUGGUAGAAAUGGGAAUUCCAGAAAAUAGAGCUAAGAGAGGUGCUUGGAAAUCCAACAAUAAGGGUGUCAAUGAGGCUAUGGAAUGGGUAUUUGAGCAUUGUGAUGAUCCUGAAAUUGAUAAUCCACUUCCUGAAGCUAAACAAGAAAAGAGCUCAUCAGGAAAUGCUCCUUCUGCUGAUGCCAUUGAAUCACUAGCUAAUCUUGGUUUCCCUUCCACUCAUGCUGUUGUUGCUUUAAAGCAAACUCAAAACAAUAUUGAAAGAGCUGCUGAAUGGCUCUUCAGUCAUAUGGAUGAUAUGGACAGUUAUCUUAAUGAAGCUUCUAAUGAAAAACCAGCUGAAAAGAAAGAAGAAGAGUAUUUGGAUGGAAGUGGAAAGUAUGAACUUGUUGGUUUCAUUAGUCAUAUGGGUUCAAAUACUUCAUGUGGUCACUAUGUUUGCCAUCUCAAGAAGGAUGUUGGAAAUGGUGAAAAGAGAUGGGUUUUGUUUAAUGAUAGCAAAGUUUUACAAAGUGAAAACACACCUUUCGAUAUGGGCUACCUCUACUUCUAUAAACGAAAGAAUUAAAUGAGUUUAUUCCGAAUUAUUAAAUUUUCUUAAUUCUCCUCUU